CCGGCCGCUCCCGCCUCCCGCUCGCGCCGCUCCAUUGGCGCUGACGCAGCGUCCGGGACGCGCCGUGGCGGCGCUGGCGCCCCCUGGCAGAGCGGAGGACCCGCGGCACGCCGGGGGUCACGUGGUCGAGGGGCGCGCUCUGUGGGCGUGGUUUGCUGCUGAGGAGGCGCGGCCUGGGGCGGGGCGUGCCCGCGCGCGGCCCGGGAAUGCCUUAAAGCGCAACAUCACUUCCGAUUCUCACUUCCGGGUCCUGCCGCCGCUGCCGCUGCCGCCGCCGCCGGUAACGGCUCCGGGCCGGCCCCGCCAUGUUCCUCCUCCUCCUUUCGCCGCCGCCGCCUCCAUGAGCCGCAAGAAAAGCGGCUUCGCCAUCACCAGCGUCCGCGGCAGCAGCGGGACCGCGCCCGGGGAUGCCUCCGGCGCCGCGAGCGGUUCUUCAUCUUCCUCCUCCGGCAGCCCCAGCGGGUCUCGGUUCCGCCUCGUUCGCUUACUGUCGCCGGGGGAGGUGCUGCGGCGGGGCCGGUGGCUCUGCCGCGAUUUCUACGAGCGGGACGCGUCACCGCGGGGAGGUGGCGGCGGCGGGGGGAGGGUCCCGGUGUCGCUGGACGCCCCCCGGGCCGUCCCCGCCGCCCACCAGCCUCGGUCUCUCGGGGCCUUCGCGCAGCUGGUGCAGCAGGCGCUGCCCCCCAAACCGCCGUCGCCACGCCCAGGGGGCGGGGCCGAGCUCAGUGCGCGCCUGGGAUUGGCUGGCGAGGAGAGCGAGGACGAGGGCUCCGGGAGCGGCAUCACCGCCAUCGACAACAAGAUUGAGAGGGCCAUGGUGCGGUUCGCGCCCAGCCCCGCGAUCCGGGAUGAGGAAACGGAGGAUGAAGAUGGGGGCAUCCCCACCCGGUCCCUGGCGACCCCCACCCUGCACAGCAGUCGGGGGGGCCCUGGCGGGGCUCCUCCCGAGCCCUUCGACGCCCCCGGGGCCGCGGCCGCGCUCCUGGGCAGCUCCUUCGCCGCCCGCAGCGCGCUGGGCGGGGCGGCGGCCGCAGCCAUGAACGUCCCGCAGGCCCAGCGGCUCUUCCGCGGCCUCGUCAGCCUGGCCGUGCCGCCCCCGCCGGGGCCGCGGAGGGGGGUCCCGGCCCCUCCCGCGCCCACCCCGCAGGUGCCGGGGCCGCAGCUGAGGGUGCUGGCAGGCGGUGCUGGCGGAGCCAUGGGCUGGCCCUGGCUACCCCCUCACAGCACCCCCGAGCUCCCCCGGGCCCUCCCGCGCCCCCCCGGAGCCGCCUUCGCCAUGUACCACAAGCUGCAGCAGUGGGGGGGUUACUGAGGGGGAACAGCCCCCUCAAAUCCCCCUUUAUUCCCCAAAAAAAUAAACAGUUAUUUUUAACUUUA